GUCAGUUGAUUUCACACCGCCGCCGACUGUGGACGCGCUUUUCGCCAGCACUUCUUUGUAAAGUAAAGUUCGCGUCGCCUUAUCCUCGUCGCCGGGAAAUAAUUGAAAACAUAAACCGAAGAACACCAAUCGCGUAAUCUACGGCAAAGAAUCAGGCAGCAGCAGUGCUCCGAUCAAAACAAAACUGGCAAUAAAUCUGCAAUCACACGACCAAGCGUGCAUAAAUGGAAUAAAAGCAGAACACACAGUCAUAAUAAUCGCACUACUGACAGAAGUACAAAAAAAUAAAUAAAUAAAAGUAUACAAAACAUACAGAGUGAAAAUAACCGCGCCAGCAAGAAAUCCCGCCGCAGCACCCAUUCCCAUUCCAAUUCCGACUUUGGUGCGGUAGGUAAUGACACAUUCGGCAAUCGCCGCACGUAUCUAGAUGCGAACGGGCAUAAGUAUCUGAAUCCAUCAGCAGGGGCCCCGCCUUGUACCACCCGCGACGCCCAUAUACAAUAUUAUAAUAUAUGUGUUUUUAAAAAGCGGCAUUAAAUAAUAAUCAGCAGAAACAUCAUCCAUCGCCAUGGAGCAGUCGCGAAAUCUGCUCACCAAGCAGUCCAAAGAUGUCGAGUUUCAAGAUGUUUUCUACACCGUCAAGGAGCGAAAGAAUUUCUGGCGCGUGACCAGGGAGCGCCAAAUUCUAAACGGAGUCAGCGGAAGUUUCCGGAACGGACAACUCUCGGCCAUCAUGGGACCCUCGGGAGCCGGAAAAAGCAGUUUGCUAAAUGCGAUUUCGGGUUUCAGACGUGACGGCGUCACUGGUAGCAUUAAGAUGCACAGAGAUAAUGCCUGCUAUAUCACCCAAGAUGACCAUCAUCAGACCCUGCUGACCGUGGAGGAACUCAUGAAUCUCGCCUGCGAUCUUAAGCUAAAGCAUAGGCAUAAGAAAGCAGAGAUCCUCACAGAGAUCCUGGAGAAUUUACAUUUAAAUCACCGGCGUAAUGUGACUGCUGAAAAGCUUAGUGGCGGCGAGCGCAAGCGUUUGUCCAUUGCCCUGGAGCUGGUUGAUAAUCCAAAUAUCUUCUUUUUGGAUGAACCAACCAGUGGUUUGGAUGAGGUGACAGCGGCCCAGUGCAUCCGCCUGCUGAAAUCCAUGGCUCAUGAGGGACGCACCAUUGUCUGCACCAUCCAUCAGCCAUCGGCGACGAUAUACAAUUAUUUUGACAGCAUCUACGUCUUGGCCAAGGGCCAUUGCGUCUACCAGGGCAGCCCUCGAGCCACUAUUCCCUUCUUGCGCCUGGCUCAGCUCGACUGUCCGCGGCACUACAGUCCCUCCGAUUAUAUUAUCGAGCUGGUGGACGCUGAGGAUGGUCACCUAGUGCCGGCUCUCAGCGAGCUAACCGACAACGGCAAGUUGAUCUAUGUGGCCAGUCGUUCGGACCAGUUAGAUGGUACGCUGGAGUCCCAGCAGGCGGUCACCACAAUGUUCGUAGAGCAACCAAAGCGUCCGUUUCUGCCCACCUUCUUUGCUGGAAGUGCUGCCUCUACGGAUGGUUCGUUGAUUGGCGGAACCAGUGCCCUGUUCGAACAGAUGAAGGCCCUUUCCAGGCGGCUGCACACGGAUCGACGCGAGAUCUCUGGGCUGCGACAGUUUGUGGUUCUCAUGCGAGUCAUGCUGCUGCGAAUAACGCGUGCCCGACUGGCUCUUACCAUUCAAUUGUUCCACCACCUGCUUUGUGGGUUAUUCUUUGGCCUGAUCUUCUUCCAGCUGGGGAAUCAGGGAGCGCGCAUGUUCGAUCACCUUAAAUUCUGCAUCGGAGCUGUUCUUAUGAUCGUGUACACCCAGGUGAUGGUGCCCAUUCUGAGCUAUCCCGCUGAGGUGAAGGUGGUCAAGAAGGAGACCUUUAAUCGCUGGUAUACUCUGACACCCUACUAUAUGGCCUUGACAGUAUCGCGUCUGCCACUCCAGGUGCUGCUGAACAUCACCUUCAUGGCGGUUACCUAUUGGAUGUCCGGUUUACCAGAGCAAUUCUGGCGCUUUGGCAUCUUUGUGGCCGUUGGAUUAAUGAUCUCCCUGGUGGCCGAGGGCAUGGGCCUGGCCAUAGGUGCUACUUUCAGCAUAACGAACGGCAGCGUGGUGGGUCCUAUGAUUAUUGCCCCGCUCAUGGGCCUGGCGGUAUAUGGUUUCGAUUUUGCCCCGCAGAUCACGGGCGGCAUGCAGCUGCUGAUGAAGUUCAGCUAUGUCCGUGUGGGCGUGGUGGCCCUGGUCUUGGCUGUGUUCGGUUUUCAGCGAGAGGAGCUGGACUGUGAUGACAUAUACUGCCACUUUAGCGAUCCGCGUGUGUUGCUCAAGUUUCUCGACGUGGAGAAGGUUUCCAUACUCCAUCAGUUUGGCAUUCUGGCCAUGCUGAUGCUCUUCUUCCGAGUGAUAAUGUACAUAAGCUUACGCAAGCGCUGCUACGCCUGAGUCUGACUUGAAGCGGCAGCCUGCUGAUGAAUCUUACUCCCUAGUUUUAGCCCAAUGUCAGUGCUGUGAUGUUCGAUUUUAAACAGACGGAAGGUUUCUCCUUGUACAUAUAUAUGCACCAUUUCCCCAACAGGAUAUACUUAGUUAGAUGUAAGUUAUAUAUAAGUUCACACACACAACUCAACAGAUCGCACAUUUUAUACAAUUUAAAUUAGUUUAUUUGGUAAAAGUGAUUUCAAUUCGAAUUGUGCAAGCAAAUAUAUCCUUUUUUCUGAUAUUAAAACUA